AUGGUUUUCUCCGACAAAAUGCAAGAAAUUGCAGCUAAAAUGGGUUUCACACUCUCCGAUUUCGCCGAAACUUUGGAACAAGAACGCCGUAAAGUCAUCAUGUUUCAGCGCGAGCUCCCUCUCUGUUUGCAGCUCGUUUCCCAUGCCAUUGAUUGUUGCAGGCAGCAGUUAUCGGGGACGACGACGGAGAAUCGUCAAUCGGAAUGCUCUGAACAGACUUCCAGUGACAUGGGUCCGAUUCUUGAGGAGUUUAUUCCGAUUAACAGAAAUGGGGUUUCUGAUUUUGAACAAACGGAGAAGAACAAGAAUGACGAUGACUCUGAUUUAAACAAUUUGAAUUUGGCUCCGUCUGAUUGGCUCAGAUCUGCUCAGCUUUGGAAUCAGACUUCAGAUCCUCCUCCCCUGAAUCAGGAUCCGCCGGAGAACACGGCUGUUGUUGAGGUCAAUAGAAAUGGCGGCGCUUUCCGGCCGUUCCAGAAGGAGAAAACCGGUGGAGGAGGGACAUCGUCAUCUUCAGCCCCGGCUCCUGCUGCGGAAACGAGCUCGACGACGGAGACGGGGUCAGGGGGAAGCAGCCGACGGGAAGAGAAGGAAGCGCAGAAUCAGAGGAAACAGAGACGUUGCUGGUCGCCGGAGCUGCACCGGCGGUUCCUUCAUGCGCUACAGCAGCUCGGAGGCUCCCAUGUGGCGACGCCGAAGCAAAUAAGGGAAUUGAUGAAGGUGGAUGGUCUUACCAACGACGAAGUGAAAAGUCAUCUACAGAAGUAUCGUUUGCACACGAGACGGCCAUCUCCGACGAUCCAUAACAACGAGAGCGGCCACGCGCCUCAGUUCCUGGUGGUCGGCGGCAUAUGGGUACCGGCGGCAGAAUACGCCGCCGCGUCCGCCACCACUUCCUCGGGAGAAGCAGUCAGCGCCGCUGCCACAAACGGAAUUUAUGCACCGGUGGUAGCAGCGGCAGCGCCGCAGCCAUUACCCAGUAUAGUCCAAAAGCCUAAGCCCAAGAUUCCUUCCUCAGCCACCGCCGCCGUCGCCGCCGAAUGUAAUUCUCCGACUACAUCUUCCUCUACUCAUACGUCUUCAGUUUCACCAGCCUCUUCUUGAGUUGGAAUUUUGUUUUUAUUUUUGUUUUUUUGUACACUUUUGAUGUGUGAAUUUUUAUAAAAGUUUUGUUACAAAAACGUGCAUAGAAAUAAGAACAAGUUGAGAUUAAAUUCGUUUA